AUGACAUGCCCAAAGUGUCAAAUUUCAUGUACUAAGGAAGGAGUUAAAAUCAUCUGCCCCAGCGAAUUCGCCAAUUUAGAAUUAUGCUGCGCCGGCAACUGUUCAAUAAAGCGGAAUGUUCCCGACAAUUCUGGAACUUUAUCAGGAUCGGGACUGCUAUUCCUUUUAAUUUUAUCUAUUGCAUUACCACAUGUCAAAAUCGUGUUCACCGUAUCCAAUUCAUUUUUUCAAUCUUCUCCGCUUUAUUUCAAACUCCAAUCCGCGCUAUGCGACUCUCUCUUCGCAACCAAAAUCAUGGGGAAGAAUACCUACUGCCUGAGUAUAAUACUAGGAGAACCCACAGAGAACUCAAUAGGCAUUGGAGGAUCAAUAUGCUUUGCUGCAACAAUGGGCACUCAGAUGAUGGCAUGCUCGCCUCUUGUGGCCGGCGCCCCAGUGUCGCCGAAGCGACGUUUGCCAUAA